AAACAAAUCUUCGAAUUUUUAUAAUGGAUCGCCUGGGCCCCCACUGUGCCGCGUCCGUGAAAUUUUCGAUUUCCAAAUUCCUUAUACUUCUUCAGACGAAAUUUCAACUCUUUAUUUUACACAUAGUCUCUGGAAGAUUCAGUUAGGUUUAAGAAAUACAUCUAGCAUGAUAGAUAAUAUUUGCGAAGAAAUACAAAGACAACGACAAAGACCUCUGAUUAAUCCCCCUGAUGUUCCAGCCGAAUUAUCCAUU